AUGAUGAAGAUAAUUGUCCUACUGAUGCUGGCUGUGGCAGGUCUUACUGCCACACCAGGGUUAGCUCAGAUCCAAACUGAGAAGGACGCUGGACACGAUAUGAGCGCUCUGAAAACUGAUCAGGAUGGGAUAGAGCUCAAUAUCACUGAAGAUGCAGUGGAUGAGGACAGAUCCAACAUGGCCAAAGCCAAAAUCAGGUAUCGCUUCUUCUCCAUGAAAAUGACAUUCUAUGAUGCUGAGAUUUACUGCCAGACUAGAUUCAAUCAAGGACACCUUGCUGCAGUGACCAGUGCCUCCAUAAAUUACCAGCUUGCUAACUUGGUGUGCCAUCUGUAUGGUCAUUGCACUCGUACCUUUGUGGGUGGGGAAAGAUUGAAGGGUUCUUACUUUAAGUGGACGGACGGAUCCUCUUGGGAAUAUACAAACUGGUUGCCGCACGAGCCAAAUAAUGCUGGUGAAGAAGAAAACUGCAUAGAACUAUUCUACUUAGGAGACUGUAACACUGAGGAAUCUCUGGUGCUUAGGAUACCAGUGAUAAUAUCUUAUGAAAAUGACAUCAUGAAUUUCUAUGAUAACUUUGGCCACACAUCUCCUACUGGUGGGCUAACAAAUGCAAAGCAGAGGUGCUUAUUCAGGAGACUGAGAGAAAUCAUGCAAGGCCGUCCAGAUGCAAAGUACAUUGUUUCUCAUCCCGCUGAAUCUUUGAAUGGCUUGGUCAUGUCUGCUUACCUGGUGCCUGUUGGAGUGGGUUCAGAAACCAGGGUCCAGCCCCGCAGUCCACCCCCUCCGUAUCAUACAAUGAAUGCUCCGGCUGGGUGUAGUGUAUUGAGCAUGGCAGCUGUGAGUAACACAGAACCGCUAUGUCAACCGUGUUUUUAUCAUGCAAAAUUCAAAGUGGAAGUCAACAUUAAGAAACCCUUGCAGCCCAUUCACCUGAGCAGUGAGCAGGUUGCCCUGGAGGUGCUGUCUCUGUGCUGCCAGCUUGAUCUCCUCAUUAGAGCUCAGGUACACCAGUUCCAGGAACAACUCAGGCACGACAUCAGUCCCAUUGAGUCAGAGGCUUUCCACAGGCAAGGUACAGAUAUUGUAGAAAGGAUGAACCAGUGUCUGGAGCAUCUACCAGAACCUUUACCACAGCUAGAGGAUUACCUGGAUGUGGUGGGCCUGUCAACCAUGUUUCCACGAGUUGAAAUCUUCAUUAUUCACGGAAGGCCUGUAGACAUGCUGGAGAGGACAUCAGUGGAUGAUUACUUUCCGCACAUUGGGAAACUGAACCAGUUGUUUGUCUUGAGCCAACAGUUAGAAGAUGAUGUGCAGCAUCUGGGUAGUCAUAAAUAUAUACCCCACCAGCUGUCAGUGCUGUAUGUAAGAAUAGUUACCGCUGAAAUGUUUCAAAGCAGGCACGAUGCUGGACUCAAGAAGAAAAUGAGAGAGGAGUUUGAUGAGGAUUGUGGGGAUUACCCACUCACUAUGCCAGGGCCCUACUGGAAGAAGUUCAGGUGCAACCUCUGUGAGUUCAUCGUGGUGCUGAUUCACCAUGAUCAGAACCUGAUGGACACGGUCAUCUCACUGCUCACCAAGCUGUCAGACUCCAGGAUCAGAGCGUUCAGUCACACUUGCACUUUGUCAGAAAAGAAAGUUCAGGUGGAUGACCGUGUCAGAAUCACUGAACAUUUCAUUGUGGUGAUUCCAGAACUCCUGGUCAAGCACUUGGAUGUGUUGCUGAAGCAGAUUAAGGAUGUUAUAGAAAAUCACACAGACCCAGAGGUUCUGGAAGCUUACUCCAGAACAUACCAGGCCCUCUGGAGUGAGGAGAUGGCCAUACACAACCAAGUUAAUGUCUCCAGGAGUCAGCUUAUUGACCAAUGGGUGGACAAAUUCAAUGAACUACUUAAAGACUUCCUGCAGGAGAGACACUCUGCAGGACCAGGCAGAUGGACAGAGUCCAAAGUGCGAGGACACUUGUCCUUUGCUUACAGCAGGUAUGGUUAUCUGCAGAGAUAUACAGGCAAUCAGAUGCUGAGUUACAAGGAGGAUGGCUGGAUCUCGUUGGUUUGUUACAGAGCGUCCUUGCUGGCCAGUGGAGAGGAAGAUGACUCCUAG